GAACGCCGAACGCCGUCCUCAAGUCAGAGACAGAUACCGAGACUUUAACUGUAACACACAGGCUCUUACACACAGGAUCUGACCACAGAUCAGAACCAGAGAGACUGGGCUGUCCUCCUGCUUCCGGCUCAGAGUACCUACCGGUAUUUCACCAGAGCCAGAGGAUGGGUCAUUCCCAUGGAGAUGUAGACGGCGACGCGUUAGACACUGGCGUUGAUGACCUGUCUGGUUCUUACACUACAGAGAUGGACCCUGGCAACAUGCCCUUGGGUUUAGAAGCACAGACUGAUCUGUCUAGAGGGGAAUGGAACCGGUACAGUAGUAGUGAAUACUCUGAAGGGUGUCUAGAUAAGAAAGGUGAGGGUUUAGUCGUAGAUGAAGUGACUGUAAAAUUGGAGGGCAACGUACCUCCCACAUGGAAUGGUCACCUAGUAGACGGACACUCGCAGGCCAGAGAUUUCUUAGACUACAGGGAAAGCUUAGAGACAAAUCAAAAUGUUGCCACCCACUCCCUUUUACACGCGUUCAGGGAUCGCGACCCAGUGUCCACGUCGAUGGCACCUUCCGAUUCACACAGCCACAUCCUUUUCGAUCAGGUAUUGAACUCAAACGACAGGGCCACAGCCCAGGCUCAGGGAGGGGGUGCCACAUCAGACAAUAGUAAAGAGAAACGGUUCCUCUGCAUGUUCUGUAACAAAGGCUUCAGCUGCCCCCAGAAGGUGGAGAUCCACAAGAGGGUCCACACUGGGGAGAAACCCUUCAGCUGUACCCAGUGUCACAUGCGCUUCGCACAGGCUGGUGACCUGAAGAGGCACCAGAGGGUCCACUCAGGGGAGAAACCCUACAGCUGCCCCCAGUGUGAGAAGCGGUUCUCCCGUCAGGACCAGCUGAAGAGGCACCAUAUGGUCCACACGCGAGAGAGGCCGUUUGCCUGUACGCACUGCGGGAAGAGGUUCUCAGAGAGGAGCUACCUCAGGAUACACCAGCAGAAAAACCAUUCCACUCAAUAGCUUCUGACAUUUACAUCAAACACUGCAUUAAAGACAAAUGUACAUUUUCACGGUUGUCAGCAGAAAAGAUCCACAGAUAUAUUUGGAAUAACAGAUUUCAGUGUUGAAUAUUCCUGGGUAGAAUAUUGCAUCCAGACAUUGUGUGAUAUAUACACUGCUCAAAAAAAUAAAGGGAACACUUAAACAACACAAUGUAACUCCAAGUCAAUCACACUUCUGUGAAAUAAAACUGUCCACUUAGGAAGCAACACUGAUUGCUCUGGACACUAGUGGCUCACCACACCUGAGCCACUUGUGUGGGUUGUAGACUCCGUCUCAUGCUACCACUAGAGUGAAAGCACCGCCAGCAUUCAAAAGUGACCAAAACAUCAGCCAGGAAGCAUAGGAACUGAGAAGUGGUCUGUGGUCACCACCUGCAGAACCACUCCUUUAUUGGGGGUGUCUUGCUAAUUACCUAUAAUUUUCACCUGUUGUCUAUUCCAUUUGCACAACAGCAUGUGCAUUUUAUUGUCAAUCAGUGUUGCUUCCUAAGUGGACAGUUUGAUUUCACAGAAGUGUGAUUGACUUGGCGUUACAUUGUGUUGUUUAAGUGUUCCCUUUAUUUUUUUUGAGCAGUGUAUAUAAGUCUAAAGUCUGAUACAUAUUGUGUUUGUACUGUGUAGGCUGUAUGAUGUUCACAAAUGUCUAUUUCAUUACUUCUAUUAAACUACAUGUUUUUCCAAUACAUUUUUAAUGAGAAAAUGUAUGCAAGUGAUACAUUUUUUGUUGAGAUGUAUAUAUGUGGUUUUCAUACAUCGUGUAUUUAAAACUUGUUUAUGUUUAAUAAACACAAAAUGGGACUUUU